GGAGACUUGGUUGCUGGCUCUGAUCUAACUGUUGUCUGCAGCAUCCCCUUCGCGGGAUAACGUUUUAUGACAAAGUGUCCAAGCACGAGGAUGACACAACACCCCCCUGGAGACCACUGUCCUUAUCGCAGGUUCUUCAUCGGCCCUAUGCCCGAGAAGGUGUUUUCUGUGGCAGACCGUGUGGGUGAAACGAUAUUACGCGAAACCGACGAUAACGAAAAUAGUUCUCUUUCGAGAGCGAUGGACAACCACGCCAUUCAUUUUUUUGUUCGCCAGGGUGGCAAGCUAGAAGACUGGAAUGACGACACAAGGGCAGAUGUUCGGACGGAACUGGUCAGACGUUGGAGGGAAAGUGAAUGGAUCCGCCCUUUCCGGCGUCAAUCACGCACAGCUGCCCACCCAACACGUUGGGCCGGAUGCUCAUUCGAGAUCGGAAACGUUCUCGGAGUAAACAUUCUUGACAAAAACACUCCACUGGUGAGCAGUGCACCCGCAGCGCAGGCUCUUGAUCAGGUUCCGGUCGCAGUCGCGUCAUUAAGUGCUGCAAGCAUGCAUGUAACAACUCCGGCUGGUCCACGUUCGCAGUCGCUGAACUCAAACCAGGCAUUAUCACCUUCGCCUGAAGGGUCUGGUAAUUAUAUCCAUUCUUCCGGCUCUGUGCUUCUGCCAUCUGCCACUGCUCCUGCGUUAAGUGCUGGAGCCUCAGUGUUGGAGAGACCCGUAUCAAGAACAGAACCAUUAGGUGCACAGGGUGAUCGUCCCAGUGGAGAGGCCAUCCAGUCUGAAACAGCUAUUGAGCGCGGAAAUGCACAUGAGACCGUCCGUCCCAGAGUUCAUUAUCCAGGUGACCAAGUUGCGGACGACCUCCCAAUAGAAGGCACGCUGAGGCCACAGGGUGUUCUUACGCCUGCAAGAGAUGAAGUGGUAGAGAGCAGUGCUGAUGCCACAUCUGCCUCCCCAAGGCAGUUUGGGGUCGAUGAGGUAAUACUUCGCGACCGCAUGCUCGUGAGGGUUAGUCACAUGCCAACGGAAGGCCAUCCGAGAGAUUUCGAUGAGGUAGAGCAUCGUCACACAACCAAGUUCCAUGAGGAAGGUUGGGCUGAAUUCUUGGUCGUCUGGAGGGGUCUGAGAAUUGAAAUAUACGAUGAUUAUACUCUUCCUGGAAGGGAGUUCUUUACCGGCCACAAAAAACUCGCUUUCCUGAUUCCUCUGACAUCCUCGCGGACAAAUGUUUCUCUCUAUUCUUUUGCCGACCUCACCUUCUGUGUUCAUUGCCCCCCGAUUCCAGUUGAUGAUCCCCGCUUAAAGGCGAGAGUCUUGUUCGGCUUGAAAGAGGGCACGAAUGUGUUCAUCUUCAAAGUCAAGAGCCGCACGAGGGCUGAAGACUGGCUCUGGCAUUUGUGGCGCCACUUCCGCUGUCGGAUCCCACCGUCUAUUGAGAUUAGUUACCCUACUACUAACACCCGUCUUAAGAUCGAUGUCCCCUUAGGAGACGUUGCCAACCUUGACAGGGCUUAUGAGGUAUUCAGCGUCGACAAUAUCCUUGAGACAGUGCGACAGUCGGUGAUUUCUGCCUGCGGUGUACCCGGCAUCGUCUUUUUCGAUUGGAAUUCCAUCAGACAAGAUUUGCAGGGGGGAAAACGAUUGGCGUUAGCCUGGCGACUAGAGGAUCAACUGGAGUGGAUCUGGCAGCCCACAGACGUUCAAGGUAACGACAGGCGAUGGUCAAUCCUGUGCGGUUUAUCGCUCAAGCAGGGCCGGAAAUUACCUCAUCUCGAAAUACGGACUGUUGACCAUUUUCGAGAAUUUAUUCGUCUACCGGAUGGAAUGAGGAUGGAAGAGCCACCGGAUGUCGAAGGUUAUCUUGAUCGUAUCAAGACGCAAGGCCAGAGACAACGCAUCUACGUUUCAACACAUGACGGCAAUCUCUUUGCGCUUUCUCCGAAUGAUGCAAACCCACCUGCACCUCCGAGCACACACCUCUCGCAUAUAGUCGACAGUCUAACGAAUGUCGAUCAGUAUGCAGAGGGCAUUUUCAGGAAUGAGAUUGAAAGAGGAGUUACUCAGAUUCGUUCUGCUUAUGGUGUUAUGGACCUCAGGAAUAUUCAAAGUGUGAGAGCUGUGCUCCCGGAGGCGCAGCAAGGGGAACAAGACAGCGAUCUAUUGAUCGACGCAGAUGAAGGUGGAGUCGAGGGUCUUGCGAAGGCGCAGGACCCGCUGAGGCUGCGGCUACAGCGUUCUUUCGAAAUUGUUUUAGUCUCUGGCCCCGUGAUACGAUUGGAGGCAUACUCAGUUCGGAAUUGCCGCGAGUGGAUCGACAAGCUCCGAGCCCUUGUCACUUAUUGGACGCAACGACAUAAGGAGGAUGCAAAGCUCGAGAUCGACAUAUCCGAUGUGAUCAAUCAACGGCCGCAACUAACACCGAGGCUGCCCAAACGCAACAAUGAUAACGGCGGUUCUACUCCACCCGAAGCUCCAUGGGACUUGGCAGCAUCAUUGCCUUCUUUGACGUCCCUGUAUCGCUGGUGCGCGUUGAGUGAUUGCAAAAGUGUCAUCAAAAGUGGGCGUGUAUUCAUGAGAAGAGGCUUCAGGGGCCAAUACAAGAUGUCACAAUUGGUCUUAGUGUCGGGGCAUCUGAUCCAAUUCCAAGUGAGACGGAGUUCAACGUUGCACCGUCGGCAUUGGCGUGAUAUCAGUUUGUUGGAUGCAUACAUUUAUUCUGGCUACCUUGCGACUCUUGCUUUGCCUAGGGAAGAACUUAAUUAUGGUGAUCCGACUCCUCCAAGGCGAUACUGUGACGGCCUUGAGGCGGACGAACCACUAGAGGAUGUCCUUUUCAUGUUAUGGUACCGUAAAACUCGGACCUCCACCGGUGGUAGUCAGGCAAGUCAAGUCCCGCCUCCUUCAGCUAAAUUCAAGACCGUCGUUUUCAAGACGAGGAACAAAGUUGAACGAAAUGCGUGGUGCUGGGCAUUGGGUUGUGAGAUAGAGAAGGUAGUCAGAAGGAACAGGGAAAGGGAACAACAACUGAGGGAGACAGGUGGUCUAGUGGACAUUUCGCAUUCGUGACGGGCGAGCACAAGGACACUGUCCAUCCAUACCUUCCACAAAGUAGGUUUUCGCGAGGACUGACUAGAUAUUACUCAAUGAUUAGUGAUAGCCCGUAAUGCAUACAGAAACUGAUG